AUGGGCAGGCCAGGCGAGAAGGACAUUGCUGCUUCGGUGGUGCCGGAGUUCGCUCAACCCUGGGACAAGCAGGUUGAGAGGCGACUCGUCCGCAAAAUCGACCUCAUCAUCAUACCUUUCAUGUGGUUCGGAUACGGUCUGGUCUAUUAUGACAAAGCCAUUCUUGGAGGUGCGACUGUCUUUGGGAUGUCCACGGACCUGAAGUUGAAAGUCGUCACUGAUCCCACCACUACUCCACCGAAAGUCUCGACGACCCGUCUGAGCUGGGCGACGUCUCUGUUCUACUUCGGUAUGCUUGCCGGCGUCGUCCCGCUGACAUACCUCUUCCAGAGGUUUCACCUCGGUCGCACGAUAGGCCUUGCCGUGAUAGCAUGGGGCGCGAUCGCGAUGUCCACAGCAGGCGUGCACGACUACAAAGGCCUGUGGGCCCAGAGAUUCUUCUUGGGUUUUGCGGAAAGUAUCAUGCCUACCGCGUUUAUGAUCAUCGUAAGCGGCUAUUAUACGCAGGCCGAGCAGACCUGGCGGCAAUGCAUUUGGUACUCCGCAACGGGCGGAUGGACAAUUCUCGGAGCACUUAUCAAUUAUGGCUUUGCGCAUAUCACUGGCGGUGAUCUCAAGAAGUGGCAAUACCUGUAUCUGAUGGCUGGAGCACUGACGGUCGUGUACGGAGCACUGUUCCUCUUCUUUCCAAACUCGCCUGCGCAGGCAUGGUGGUUUACAGAAGAAGAAAAACGUGUCGCCGUUGAGCGGCUUCGCAUGAGUCAGACCGGUGUACGUUGUCAGAAGAUCAAGUGGUCGCAGUUCAGAGAGGCUUGCCUCGAUGCGAAGGUCUGGAUGAUUGCGAUUAUGAUGGGCGCCGCUUACACGGUGAAUGGCGCGGUGUCAGGGUUCGGCCCACUCAUUGUGUCUACGUUUGGCUGGUCAGCUUACGACUCAUUGCUCUGGCAGAUGCCACUAGGCGGAGUCUGUCUCGUUGGGAUUCUGCUUGUGGGAUAUCUCAGUCUCAAGGUGUCCAACCUCCGUUUGAUCAUGCUAAUCGCCUGUUGUUUGCCCGUCAUCGCAGGAUGUGCAAUGAUCUGGAAAAGCACCUGGUACGAGCACGCAGCUACUCCGAUCGCCGGAUAUACGAUCAUCGGUUUCUUCGCUCCAGUGACGAGCUUGAUAGUAUCGAUGGGCAUGUCGAAUGUGGCAGGCAACACGAAGAAGUCCUUCAUGGCUGCAGCUAUCUUUGUCUUCUACACUGUUGGAAAUAUCUCUGGACCCUUUUGGAUCAAGAGCGAAACUGUCGGUCAACAUUAUCCAAGGUUGUGGGAAGGUAUUAUCGGUUGUUAUGCCUUGGUGAUUGUCCUGGCUAUUGUGCUGUAUGUCAUGUUGAUGACCGAAAAUCGAAGAAGGAAUCGGCUCAAUCUGGAGAAAAAGGAGGCAGAGAGAGUUGCAUUCGACGACUUGACGGACAAGGAGAACUUGCACUUCAGAUAUGUGUUUGCAUUCCGUCGCUGCGCAUCGCGGCUGCUCUCUUCCCGGCCCACCGCAUUCGUUUCUGCUUCUCGAACAUACUCUUCCCUUACAACUUCUCCCCUGAGAUCCAGCAGAACGAUCCCAGCCUUCCAAUCUCAACGGAGAUGGGCGACAACAGAAAGCGAGAAGCCCGCUAUUUCCAAGGAGGCAUCAUCUGUGGAAGAAGUUGAAAAUACCACCGAAGCUGCAGAAGCCAACCUUGCUCCAAGCGACAAUGCUCCUCCCAUCGCGGAGCCUGCAAAUGCCACAGAAGCCACCGAGGAGGCCCUUCCGGCUGCGGAGACCAACGAACGGUUCGCCGCAGAGACGGACUCGCCGGGCUAUACCAUGAAUACUGGCGCCUCAAGAACGACAGCCGAUCACUUAUUUGAUCGAAAGAGGACCCUCUACAUCGGAAACCUGUUCUUUGAUGUUACUGAGACCGAUCUUGUGAAGGAAUUCGCACGCUUCGGAAGUGUCACGAAGUGCAAGAUUGUUCGCGACUCUCGGGGCUUGAGCAAAGGUUUUGCUUACAUUGAUUACUCCUCGCAAGAAGCUGCAGAUACCGCAAUGGAACGUCUCAACAUGCAGUUGUUCGAAGGUCGUCGCAUCACAGUCCAAUACGCUGCCCGCAAUUCAUCUCCAGCAGAUCCCGAAAGUCGUCACAGCCGCCAACAACAACAUCAACCGAGGAACCCUCCUUCAAGAACUCUCUUCAUCGGCAAUAUGUCCUUUGAAAUGACUGACCGAGAUCUUAGCAACCUCUUCCGUGGCAUCAGAAAUGUCAUUGAUGUCCGUGUUGCUAUUGAUCGUCGCACCGGUCAACCAAGAGGCUUUGCGCACGCUGACUUUAUCGAUGUCAAGAGCGCUAUGGACGCAAUGAAGUUGUUGGCAGAGAAGGAGAUCUAUGGUCGAAAACUGAGAGUUGAUUACUCGUUCAGUUCGGCGAGCAGGGCGCCACGGAAUGAGCCCGACGAACCCGCUCCGCAGUAG